AUGCAUCCACAAUGGGGUACACCUCCAGCUGCACCACAGUGGGGAACACCGCCAAAUGCUCCACAAUGGGGUUCAUCUUCAAAUGCUCAACAAUGGGUUACACCACCAAAUGCUCCACAAUGGGGUGCACCGCCAAAUGCUCCGCAAUGGAGUUCAUCUCCAAAUGCUCCGCAGUGGGGUACACAACAUGCUCCACAAUGGAGUGCUCCUCAAUAUUCUCAACAAUGGGGUCCAUCACCAAAUAGUCAACAAUGGGGUUCAUCACCAAAUACUCAACAAUGGGGUCCUACAUCUGUUGUUCCACAAUGGGGUUCAUCACCGACCACUCAUCAAUGGGGUUCAUCACAAGAUGCUCCACAAUAUAUUCCUCCGAGCAAUGUUCAACGUGGAUUUUCUCUAGCAACAGAAGUACGAACUACAACAAAUGAAAAGGAAGAUCAUGUUUUUGAGAAUGUUGCCAGAGGAGUAUCACCAGAAUUUGGUUUCAAAAACUAUGCCUCUACAAGUAAAACAUCACGUCCAAGAAGAGGAGGGUUAUUCAACAUAUGGGGAUCUGAACGAGAACUAAAUCUAAAUGAAACACAUGAAAAUGAUUCCACAUCAGAUAACUAG